AUGGCAGUAAAUACUCCUGCUCGUCGCUCAACGCGGCGCACCCAGAGUGGUCGAAACCAGCGUCAUGGGUCGACUGAAGAUCAGCGCAUCCCCCAAGUCUACAGGGAAAUGCUGGCCGAAGCUGAGGCGCGAGAGCCUCAGCUCCUCGACGAUGACCGCAUCCCAAAGAGACGCAAAAUGGCAGGGCGAACACAUAUCCCCAGUGCUCAGAUAGAACUUCCAAAAGCUCCGACACCAGUUAAUAAUGAUGAGACCACCAGCCGACAGGUUCAGACAGUAUAUGACUCACCCUCGUCCUCGUCCGAGGAGUCGGACAUGGAAUGGGAAGACAUCAACUUGCAGCCUGCAGUCUCCGAAGCGCUGUCGGAUGACUCGUCGAUUCAAAUCACCUUGGACCGACCGCAGGAUCGCGAGAGACAGAAAAGAGCACUUAGACGGCAGCCGAUCACGGCCGCGGAGAAGCGGUUGAGACUUGACAUCCACAAAGUCCAUCUUCUCUGCCUGUUACGCCAUGUACAGAUUCGUAAUAGAUGGUGCAAUGAUGAUGAGCUUCAGGGCGCACUCAAGAGAAUGCUAUCGAAGCAGGUGAUAUCGCUACUGCACCCACCCGAGAGUAAACCAGAGCAUUACAGGUCUACGACGUUCAUAGACGGCCUGAAUCAAAUCAGUGACGCAUUUAGUAAACGAUUCAGAGUAACAAAGCCCGGUCUCAAGCGACCACAUUGGGCUCAGAACCCGGAUGCUUUAAAGACAAGAGUGGAAGCUAUCCUCUCAAAUGCCGAAGUUUUUACGUCGCUCGAAGACUUCAAGCAACAAGCGAAAACCCUGCAAGGAUCUCGUGAUUUCGGCGCACAACUGUUCUGUGCUUUGUUACGAUCUGCAGCUGUGGAGGCCAGACUGGUGUGCUCACUGCAACCUCUGCCCUUCUCGGGCGUGACCAAGGAAAUGACCUCGAACGUGUCUGCAGGCAAGACAUUUAUUAUGGCAGCAGACAGCUCGGAGAAAUCCUCGGACGAUUCCACACGGACCAAGUCACGAUCGGGUGUGCAGCGACUCACCCGGCCAGGGUUCAAACCAUCACGUCCGUCUUCCACGCCCAGAGAAAUACCAUACUCUCGAAAUCAAGAGUCGUCUUACCCGGUGUUUUGGGUGGAAGCAUUCAACGAGGCAGUCAACAAAUGGAUCCCCAUCGAUCCAUUAGUCACGAGAUCCCUCGCGAAGCCGUCCAAAUUCGAGCCUCCUGCCACCGACCCGAACAAUCUUCUAAGCUACGUGGUUGCAUUCGAGGAUGAUGCCUCCGCUCGAGAUGUGACCCGCCGUUACAGCAAGGCUUUCAAUGCGAAAACUCGCAAGUUCCGUGUCGAGUCCACCGCCCGCAACGCAGCAUGGUGGGAUCGUGCACUUCGGGUCUACGAGAAACCGUUCCUCGAAGAUCGCGACCAGCUGGAGGUCAGUGAACUCACGGCCAAGACCGCCGCUGAGCCCAUGCCUCGAAACAUCCAGGACUUCAAGGACCACCCCGUCUACGCGCUGGAGCGCCACCUACGACGGAGCGAGGUCAUUCACCCAAAGCGGGCGAUCGGUCAGGUCAGCCUCGGCAAACCGGGAUCCAAGAACCAGACCUUAGAGCCGGUGUACCGCCGUUCGGACGUCCAAACUGUGCGCAGUGCCGACAAAUGGUACCGGCUGGGCCGCGACAUCAAGACGGGCGAGCAGCCGUUGAAGCGUGUCAAGGCCCGCAAACCUCUAGCUCUAGCUAGCGGACUGCCUGAGGAUGACGAGGAGCGCGAUGCACCCCCGGAGACCCCUCUCUACGCGAUCUUCCAGACUCAGGUCUACGUCCCGCCACCCGUGGUGGACGGGCGAGUUCCCAAGAACGUCUACGGGAAUUUAGAUGUCUACGUACCCAGCAUGGUCCCGGCCGGUGGGAUCCACAUCGGCCACCCAGAUGCCGCGCAUGCGGCUAAACUGCUUGGGGUUGACUUUGCGGCUGCUGUGACCGGCUUUACCUUCCAGGGACGCCACGGGACUGCUGUCUAUACCGGUGUGAUUGUUGCGGAGGAAUACCGCGAGGCGCUCCAGGCGGUCAUCGACGGUCUCGAGCAAGAAAGACUGCAUGACGAGCUGGAAACGCGGUCUGCAGAGGUGCUGAGAGCGUGGAAGCAUCUACUUUUGAAGCUUCGCAUCGCGGAGCGGGUCAAAGGCUAUGCGAUUGAGGGGGAUGAUGUCGAUGAGGGUGCGGGGGUUGGACUGCGUGAGAAGGGUGAUGGGCCUGUGGACGACGACAUGGGAGGAGGCUUCAUUCCUGAGUUGGAUGGGGAGGCACAGGGAGGUGGUGGGUUCAUACCUGAGCCGGACACGGAGAUAGCAGAAUCAUCGAUGGGAGGGGGAGGCUUUCUACCCGAGUCAGACAUGGAGACAGCAGAACCAUCGAUGGAAGGUGGUGAGUUCAUAGCGGAGUCAGACACAGAAACACCAGACCCCCCAAUGGAAGGGGGCGGCUUCCUCCCAGAAUCAACGUCACAAGGUCCCAUGGACCAGGACGAUGUUCCAUCUACAAAUCACAAUGCUAGCAAACCCACUGCACCUGCAGCCCCCCAACCACAGACCGUGACCGCGGGAUCCGACCCAGCUGCACAUCAACCUCAAGACACAUCUCCGCACCCAAGCCCAGCCAGACCACCGCGGUACUCGCUGGUCGUCGUCCCGAAGACGAAAGAAGAGCCCACCGACUCUUCGUCGUUAGAUACCAUCACCAGCAAAGCCUCCAUGUCCAUACCACACUCUGCUCAACCCGACCGACCCGAUGAUAGCGCACCUCCGCAAGAACCUCUCCCUUACACCGCACCGGACACCAGCAACCCGCCAUCCCCGGCCGAGAACCCUCCAGCCGGCGCUCGAGACCCAGCCCAAAACCCCGCACAGUCCCCCAAAUCCGAAACCUCCGAUCCCUCCUCACGCAGAGAUAGCGAGACAUCGUUACUAUCGCAGGAUCCGGACGACGAGGACGCGAUUCCGGAGUGGCUCAUGUCGGAUUAG